AUGCCGGGCAACGCACCAGACGAAAGGUCGCCGCUCCUGGGCACUGCCCAAGGUCACCAGCUGGACGAUACUUUGGCUAAUGCGAAGCCUGCCUUAGCGGUUGUUGACGAAAUUUCGGCUCCUCUCGCUGCUGCACAUACAUAUGACGAUGCUGAGGAUCCCGGUGGAAAUGAAUAUGAUCAAGACCGCCGUAAUGAAUCCGAGACGGGCAAAUUAUCUUCGGCAGCAAUCUUGAGAGUGGUGGUUGUGCUCCUCGUUGGCGCCUUCAUGGCCAAUCUAGACGGGUCCCUAGUACUGGCGACGCACCCGGUCAUAGCCUCUGAGUUUAACGCACUGUCUUUAUCGAGUUGGCUCUUUGUCUCGUUCAACCUAGCUGGUGCUUCCACACAAGCAGUUUAUGGGAAGCUCAGCGACACAUACGGCAGGAGGCCGAUGCUGAUGAUUGCCUACACCCUGUUUGCCCUUGGAUGCUUCUUCGUCGGCGCCGGCAGAACCAUGGGCGAGGUUAUUUUUGGUAGAGUCGUCUCGGGGUGCGGCGGCGCGGCCCUCAACGUCCUUGGCAUACUCGUCAUCACUGACCUGGUCCCGCUCCGAGAGGCUGCCACCUGGCAAUCGGGUGUCAACCUCGCCGCCACCACUGGUAGAAGCCUGGGAGGGCCCCUGGGUGGUUGGCUGGCUGACACCAUCGGCUGGCGCUGGUCCUUCCUAUCCCAGGUACCCGUCUUUGCCAUUGCCAUCGCCAUGUCCAUGGCCUGGCUGCCCGCAGCCCGUGCUCGGGCGGCCCCGAGCGCAGCAGAGCAUUCCCAAGAUGAGAGCAGCGGCCUGGCAAGCCACCAACAGAACGGCAAGGCACCUAAAGUCACAGGCAGAGGACUCGCAAGGAUCGACUUUCUGGGCGCAAUUUUCUUGGCACUCACGAUUCUCUGCCUCCUUUUCCCCAUACAGAUGGGCGGGUCCAAGAACUUCCCCUGGUCACACCCGGCCAUCUCGGGCCUAGCCGUCGCGACUUUGCUCCUCGGCGGGCUCUUUGUCCUGGUUGAAGAGAAUUGGGCGGUCGAGCCCAUCUUGCCCAUGGAGCUGCUGCGGCAGCGCGAAGUGCUGCUCCUUUACCUAGUUGCCGGAGCGCAGUGCGCCGCGCAACUCGGCCUCAUGUUUUCCGUGCCUCUCUACUUCCAGGUUACGCAGCGGUCUUCCAACGCCGCCGCGGGAGGAUAUCUGUUUCCCGCCGUUGCUGGAAACGCCGUAGGAGCCAUUGUUGGCGGUUUGAUCGUCAAAAGGACUGGCAGAUACAAAAGCCUCAUGGUGGGCGCAGGCAUCCUAUCCUCCAUUUCCUAUCUCUUGCUCCUCCUCCGCUGGCACGGACACACAAAUAUCUGGGAAGCCCUCUACAUUAUUCCAGGCGGGCUUGGCACCGGACUAGUGCAAAUUCUGGUUUUUGUGGGCAUACAAGCCACCAUAGACCCCUCACUAAGGGCACCAGCCAUGUCGUGUCUCUUCAUCGUCAUCUCGGUUGGAGCAACCAUCGGGAUGGCGGCCGCCAACUCGGUGACCAUGAACGUCAUGAAGGUGAAGCUGGAAGCUUCUCUGAUACACAUGGGUCUCGGCGAGGCAAUCCGUCGACAGAUUGUAGACAGGGCCUCUGCCAGUGUCAAUUACCUCGACCAAGCCGAGGGCCAAGUCUUGAGCGCUGUGGUCCAAGCAUACAUCGACGGGCUUUCCGCGAGUCAUCUUGUGUCGCUGGUUUGCUCUGGCUUGGUUAUCCUUGGUUGUACUUUUGUGAACAAUCGCCAGUUACCAGGAUAG